CUUGUUUUCUUGCUCUUUGAUACGUGUGAAAAGUCUCGCCUUUUUGGGUUUUUUGAUACCUCUCCCCAAAUCUUUGUUACCAAUUUCUCUCUCUGUCCCCCCAUUUUUCUCCUUCUCCCGGACCUCAGUCAGUCGAUCAACCCGGACUCUCUUCUCUCGCUCUUUCUCUCUAGCUAUCUUGGGUUUUCGUUUAAAAGAGAUGGAGAGUGGAAGCCGAGCAGAUCACGGAAUCAAUGUCACUCUUGCUGCAGCACCAGGGCACGAGAGCCAUGGAGGAGUCCACGUCUGUCAAAAAUGUGGGUGGCCGUUUCCCAACCCACAUCCGAACGCAAGGCACCGGCGUGCUCACAGGAAGAUAUGUGGAACAAUUUCAGGCUACAGCCUUCUCCCACAGCUUCAGACUGGCCAUUCCCCUGUUUCUGAUGAUGAUGAUCAGCACUCUGAUGGAGAUCUCAAGACCCCUAGUCCGAAAGCUUUGGCGAGAAGUCAAUUCGAGAUGAGCAGUGGCGGAACAGGGGGGAGAUCGAAUAGAUCAGAAGAUGAUGUUUUCUCGGAUGCUGUUGAUGACUUUGUUGAUACUGGAUCCGCUGCGGGGUUCCAACAGCGCUUGGAGGAGGGCUUUAAAGGAACUAUCAACAAAAAAGAUACAGCAAAUGUUGAAUCCCCUGAGGCGGCAAUUGGUGGUGGUCCAGGUACUUCAGACAAGAAAACACAAAUGCAAAUCACAGAGGUUCAGGCAGAUAGAGUUGCACCAGCAUCUGCAGAAUAUGUUCCAAUUGCUACAACUGACUUGACUGAAAGAGAACACGGGGAUGAGUCUGCUCAUACAGGAGGAGUAUUGAUGAGUGACUUAAAUCCAAUGAUAUCUGGAAAUCAGAUGAAUGAUUCUGGAGAGGUGGCGAAGAACAACAUUAAUGAUCUGAACGGGACCUAUCAAAAAGGAAAUGAACAAGCCACUCCCGAAGUUCAGGUGGCAGAUGGUGUUUUGUCUGCUGAUAAUGCUACUGUCAAUUCAUCAGAAGGUAUGUCUAAUAUAGAGAAGGCAGUGGCUGUGAGUUCAAGUACUGGACCAAACUUUGGCAUCUCUCAACUGGAGGAAGUGCACACUGCAAAGAUGGACGAGGUCCCUCAGUUAAAAGAAGAGUGUCAUGGAAAGUUAGAAACUAGAAGUUCCUUCGAUGAUGUGAAAUCUAAUGAUACUUCUGAUGAUACUGCAGAGGUUAACAUGGAUGCUCCGUUAGCACCUGCAUCUGCAAUUUCCAGUGAGUCAGUAGAGGGUGUGAAUAGUAUGGAGGAUGAGAAUGCACAUGUUAUUUCAGUCCUUGGUGAUAUAAAAUAUGUGGGCAAUGCUGAGGCCAUGAUUGAGGGCUUCAAAGGUGAAGGGAGUAAAAUUCUUCAAACUGUCAAUUUAGGCUCAGAUGGAAUAACAAAUGAAGCCAAGGACUCUGGCUCUUCAAUUGAUGAUAAUUGUUCCAGUAAUCCAAUUAGGCAAUUGGUGGAGGAAACACUUUCAACUGCAUCCGAAGUUCAGGUUCUUGGAGAUAGCCCUGAAGUGAAAGGUGAUAGCCCUGAAGUGAAAGGUGAAAGCAGUAGGUUGAUUGAAAGUUAUCCAGGUUCAUGUGCAGAGGUCUUAUCGGAUAUGAAUCCGCAGGUUCCAUCUGCAGAUAGAGAAGCUGAACAGCUUAAAAGACCUGCCGAUACUACAUUGAUUGAAGUUUCUCCAGGUUUAAGUGCAGAAGUCUUAUCGGAUAUGAGUCAGCAGGUUUCCUCAGCAGAUAGAGAAGCUGAACAACUUAAAAGACCUGCCGACACUCAUUCUGGUACUUAUGAAGUGCCAAAUAAUGAAGUGUCUGAUGUAGGUGACAACAGCAAAAUAGCCAUUAUGGAGCCUCACAAAGAAGACAACCAAGCAGAUUCAGAGCCUGAUAAUAUCAUUUUUGACAAAGAAAGACUUCAUGGUCAGCUUGAUAGGCCUGAUGUGAGUGGGGCCGAAAAUUCAGCUCCAUCAAGCUUGGUGGAUCAGGAUGACAACCAAGCAACUUCAGAGCCUGAUAAUAUCAUCUUUGAGAAUAUAAGACUUCAUGCUCAGCUUGAUAGGCCUGAUGUGACUGGGGCUGAUAAUUCAGCUCCAUCAAGCUUGGUGGACCAGAAUGUUUCAAUGAAGAUCGAGGAAACUGUUGAACCUGAAAUCGAGUACACACAAACAGGUGUCUCUGAACAAGGUAUACAAAAAGCCAAAAGCAUAGAAAGUAAUUUCCUUGAAUGUGUGAGUGCUACUGAUUGUCAAGAGGACACAAUUGACAGAUACCUUGCACCUGCAGCAGAAACUGGGGGCUCACAGUCAGGGUCGGUGAUGGAAAAAUCUUCAGUUGAAUCCAAAGCGAUGCUCGAAUCUACAGAUGUUCACGAAUCCAGUGCUAUAGCAGACAAGUUAGUAAAUGCAUCAGAGAGACAAUUGAAAGAAGAAUCUGCUUGCAUAAAUAUGGGUGAAGUGUCUCACAUUGAGGCAAACUUAGAUAAACUUGAGACCGAGUCUACUCUUGCAGUUGGUGGGACACCCGAAUUGGUUAAAAGUGAAGAUGCUGAAUUUCCACAGAAGUCUUCACAAGACCCUGUAGCAAAGGACAGUGUAACUUCUUCAGAUUUUGAUUCAUUAAAUCCUUUAGUAGCUAAAGAUGACUGCACCAGAGACUUGGUCGCAGAUGCAUCUCAUGACAAACCCGAACCAUACGGUAAAGAAGGUGACUCCUCUACUGAGCAGCUUGGUACAUCUGCAGCAGAUUUUUUGGUCAAAUCAAAUAGCCAAACUGAUAUUCUGGAAGCCCACUGGGGUUCUGCUUCAGUACUCUCCGCCCAAUCAGAUAUGCCAGUCAGCACAGCGCAGACAAAUGCUCCACAAGACUCCGACAAGACGGAUAUGUUUGAGGCCCCAUCUUUCAUGACCCUUGUCGAGCCAAGAGCUGCAGGUGAACGAAAAGCUGCUGGUGCGUCUUCAGAAAUCCAGUCAGCACAGAACCCGCAACAGUCAAAAGCUCAAGCUGGAUGGUUCCCCUCCAUCACUAACGUGGUAAACGAGUCACAGGGAAGGAAAAAGAACGAAGAGAUCAUUGCGAAGGUGACGAAUCGGAGCCAUACUGGUGGGAAGCAGCACACUCCCUUGAAGAGCCUGCUAGGCGAGGCGAACCAGGAAACGAAAUCGAGGUCGUCCCCAACCCAUGUCAAGGAAAAUGCUGCAGGGGUCGUCAGCAAAGGAAGUGACAAUGGGGUCAGGAGUUCUACUACCAUUCAGGAGGAAGGUGCUGGGAGGAAAGAGUGGAACUCUCCAGCGAGGUUCCCGGCAGAGAUUAAGAGGGAGAAGAGGAAAGAGAAGGGAAGGCCUUACUGGGCUCAUUUGGUCUGCUGUGCAUCUGUCAAAUGAGAAUAGAUGAUGAUGCGUCUGAUACAGCUAUAUGUAUAGUGAAUGUGGCUUUUGGUUCGUGAAUAUGCUGCAACUGGAAGUUUGCUGUUUGACAGUUUUAGCACUUUCGUAUCGUGUCAUGUGUUUGUGUGGUUGGAGAUGUGUAGUAUAGACUAUAGAGGGAAGUGAACUUGUGAAGGUAAACAGCAAGCACAUUGAAGCAUGAGUAGAGCAAUUUGUUGUCAUGUUGAUGCUCCUCCAUCACUUCCACAUGUUUGAUUGCUGAUUCAUUAGGAACAUGUUGUCAUAUACAAAUUAUGUAGCAACCUUUUAAACCCUUAAACAUAAUACAUAUAUGGAACUGAUGUACUUCAUCAGAAAUAUGAAAUAAUAAUACGCAAGCCAUCUAAUAAAAAUAUAUACCACCAAUAUAAUUAUCUAGCUGUCAGAAACAUAUUAUUUGAGGGUUUAUUUGUCGUUAAUUAUUAUUAUUCGGGGCAUUUGAUAUUAUAUUGGGUAUUUCGGGACUAUUGUGGGUUAUUCGGUUAGGUUAAUUAUUGGAAUAGUUAGAGGGAAUUCGUCGGAUUAUAUAUAUUGUGUUAGGAGAAGGAUAGAGGCAAGCAAUAACACAACAAUUAUUCCAUAAGUCUAUUUCUCCCUCAACCUUAGCCGAAACCCCUCUCCCUCACCCUAGCCGUCGGCCCCCUCAUUCCCGGAGACCGACAUCUGCUUCUCCCUCACCUAAAUCCCUGUUCUUUCUCAUUCAAAUCCCCAAUUUACAUAUCAAUCCUAAACCCUAAAUCGCACACCUAGAUCCGUGUUCUUUCACUAGCAAUAAUUAGAAAUAGUGCUACCUAACAACCAAUGAUAUGUGGAUAAUGAAUUGUAUAUGUCUGUGUGAAUUGUUUUAGUCGGUUAGCUAUUAUCAUAAACUAAACAAGUUUUUUAAUUUCGGGUUUCUAUUCAACAAUAAUGUGUACGUUUUUAUCUAAAUUAGGAACUCAGACGUUGUCGCUUACACUCUACAAGAACAAAUAUAGUAUAAGAAUAAAUAUGAGUUUUUAUUUUUUUGAUAGGUCCAAAACGGAGGAACGGUUGAUUCUCGAGUGGUUAUGCAAAGUAGUAAGUAAUAUGUGUAAUAUGACUAAUUGAUUAAAUUGUUGAUUGAUUAGCUGUGUCUGCAAAUCAAACCAAAUCACAUGAACCAAAUAAGAUAAAAGUUUAACC